AAUCCCUAGAUCUCUCUCUGAGUCUCAAUUUGCUGUAGUUUUCAUGGACCUUGUUCGAUUGAGAGACAUAGGUUCAAUUUCACCUCAGAGAAGAAGAAAAUGGCUGAUUCUAUUAGCGGUUUUCGGUGUUUCAGGUUAUGGAGUUUACAGGGUUUACAAUUCUGAAUACAUCACUAGAAAGACGAAGCGUCUUAUGAAGCUAUUCGGAGGUAUUGUUUCAUUCGCCGAAUUGGUAAUCGAUUCGGCGGAGACGAUAAGUAUCGUUUCUCGGGAUUUGAAAGAGUUUCUGGAUUCGGAUUCUGAUGAAAUCCCUAAUAGUUUGAAACAGCUUGCGAAGAUUACUAAAUCGAAAGAGUUCACUGAUUCUUUAGCUAGGGUUUCUGAAGCCGUAGCGAUUGGGGUUUUCCGCGGGUAUAAUUUCGAUCAGGAGUUGAAAAACGUCGAAAAAGAAUCGAAUUUGAGUGUAGUUGAUAGAGUUUUCUCAGAGGAAGGAGCUGGUUUUGUUUCUGUUGUUGUUGGUAGCUUUGCUAAGAAUCUUGUUCUUGGAUUUUACUCUGGUGAGAUUGAGAUUGAUGAUUCUUCAAAACCUAGAUGGAUGAAUUUGUUUAGUGAUGAUAAGUGUAGAGAGCUUUUAGCAGAUUGUAUUGAGAGAUUUACUAGCUCGGCGGUAUCGGUGUAUAUCGAAAAAACGGUUGGGGUUAAUACUUAUGAUCAGAUAUUCUCUGGUUUGACGAAUCCGAAACAUCGAGAUAGUGCUAGAGAUGUUCUUGUUUCGGUUUGUAAUGGAGCUCUUGAGACAUUCAUGAGAACUUCUCACGAUGUCAUUACAUCUUCAGGCGAGAAAACUGAUUCUUCUUUAAGGAAGUCGGAGAAUCGAGAAGAAUCGAGAAACGGAUGGGCUGAGGCGCUUUCGACUACAUUAGCAGUGCCAAGCAAUAGGAAGUUUAUGUUUGAUGUUACGGGAAGAGUGACGCUCGAGACAAUGAGAUCAAUUCUUGAAUUUGUAAUCUUGAAAACGUCACAAAGCUUUAAGAGGAGUUUGGAUGUGAUUCAUGAAGAAGUUACAGAGAGAGGACGUCAAGUAGUUGGAUACGUAGGUGCCAAAUCUUCAGUGAUAAUCACUGUUUGCCUCGCGGUUUACCUUCACAUCUUUAACCGCAUUGUUCGAGGCUCUCCGGUUUACUUAAGCCAGCAUUUCUAGUUAUCGGAUCGAUCUUUUAGCUCGUUAGAGUUGUUAGGGACAUUAGAUCUUCAGCUUUCACAUUCUUAUUGGUGUUGGAGCUGAAUAACGUAGAGUUUUAGCA